UGCUAGCUACAGGAAAAGGAAGUAGAAAAAGUUGUCUUGCUAAUGCUAUCAACUAAGUGGCAAAGUUACUAUAGCGCUACAAAGUUCUUUGAGACCAUUUUGUUCAACUUUUCACUUAGCUACAUAGUAAUUUAACUUGAUUCGUUUAUAGCUACUUGCUAGUUGAAGUUAACAUUAAUAAUGGGAACAACGGCCAGUCAGUUACAAAAGGAUUUGCUUUCCGAGUAUCAGGAGCUGACAUUUUUAACAAAGCAAGAAAUCCUGCUGGCCCACAAGAGAUUCAGUGAGCUGAUGGCCAAGGAGGAGAGGAGUAGUCCUAGCCUCCGUGUUCCCAUGGAAAAGAUCCUGACAAUGCCAGAGCUCAAGUCCAACCCUUUCCGUGAAAGGAUCUGCCAUGUGUUCUCCACCUCUGACAUGAAAGAUGGAAGUCUGACCUUUGAGGACUUUUUGGACCUUCUGAGUGCCUUUAGUGACUCUGCCACUCUGGAGAUUAAAUCACACUACGCCUUCCGCAUCUUUGACUUUGAUGAUGACGGCACGCUGGACUGCGGGGACCUGGAAAAGCUGGUCAACUGUCUGACUGGGGAGACAGAGGAUACCAGGCUAAACCCUGAGGAGAUGAGACAGCUCAUCACUAAUAUCUUGGAGGAGUCUGAUAUCGACAAGGAUGGAACAGUGAACCUCUCUGAGUUCCAGCACGUAAUUUCCAGAUCACCAGAUUUUGUCAGUUCAUUUAAGAUUGUGCUGUGAGCUCUCUGCCAUGUGACUGGCUGACUAAGAAACAAACCAAUGAGACUGCCUGAUGUCUGACUCACCCAAAGGACUCCCUUUUAAUUGACUUUAUUACAAAAAUAGCUAUUAAAUUAUUACAUUUACAGACAUCUAUAAAUGCUUAAUGUGCCUUUAAGGUAGAAAAUGUAAUUGAUUGAUAUCUAUCAAAUAAUUGAAGUGUGUGCCUGAUAAACGUUCAGUUUAACAGGUACACACACUGACAUACGUUUUUUUUUGUUAUUCUUUCUUGUGUAAAAUGAUCAUGUGCUGUAAAGAACCACCUAUUGCCACCAGGAUUGGUUUUUUGCUCUUUACAGUGGAAAAACUGUGGAAUACGCACAAGUGAUCUCUUGUAUAAAGAGGGUCCAGCAUUUUUCGGUAUUUGAUUCAUACCAUAAAAUCUAGUUUUUAAUCUUGACUGCAGUUCUAUUCUGAUAUUUUAUUGAGUGAAAAGCUAUAUUACAGUUUCUGUGCAAUAAUUCUUGACUGUCUAAUGCAUUUCAUAAUGAACUAUGAAAGAAUUUUAUUAAUACGUCAUCCUUCGAAAAGUUCUUUUUUUAAGUAGAUCCAUAUGAUAGUUUACCUAGUUUUAUAGAUGUUACAAAAAUAAUAUAUUGAGCUUUCUUUCUGAAGGUAUUACUUCUGGAAAUAGAAUUAGGCUGUUAUAUAUAUAUAUAUAUGGAUGUAUUUUUUGAAAUCGGCCAUUUGACAAGAUUUAAUAUUCCCUUUGAAUUUUGAAUACUUGCAUGUGUGCCUUUAGAUAAGGCGACAGAGCACUCUUCUCUCACACACUCAGGAUUUGCUAUAUCCGUGUCUGUGUGUAUUUAGUGCAUAAAGCUGUGUAUAAAAUAAAGAAUAUUAAAGUUGCUGAAAAUAGUUGAAAUAAUCAUAAAUUAUCACAGAGGGAUGUAUCCACUACACAUCCACCAAAUAUAUAUUCAAAGUAAUGUCAAUAACUGUAAUGACACACAUUUCAGGUAAGGCAUAAAAUCCGUAUUGGAAAAAACCUAAGGAUUGUACGAGCAUGGUCAGGAGCGCACUGCCACCCCAUCUUCCCCCUCAGGGGUGGCUUGGGAAACCCCAUCUUUGCAGUCCUCAUACUCAGAAUUCUGUACCCAAAAAAAAUGUUUAAUACACCUACAGGCACUAUGUUGGAUUUUUUGGGCAGGCCAUACCAGAAUAAGGCGUAAGUAAGAUUAUCACUGCUGACUUUGUAACUCGGUUUAAUUAUUACCUGAUAUCGUCUCUCAGCAUAGUAGCUCACCAACAUUCCCAUAGCCGAAGCUGUCUCUCCCAAAAAUAUCUAUAAACCGUUAAUAUUUAAAAUCACUGUAAUGCUCACUAGGACAGAGGCUUAAUUUACCUAUAACCUUAAAAGUAAGUUUUAUAUUGUAUAUUGACCUGAACCAAUAAUAUAUGCAAGGGAAUAAAUUGGUACUUCAUGGGUCCUCACUGAUCCUUAAUUAAGUAUGCACAGGCCAGGAGAAAAAAUUUUGAAGUUAAUUUUUAACAGAGUUUGAAGUGGGCACGAGUCCUGCAUCGAAGUCUGGCAUUCUAUACUUCAUCUCUAGUCUUUUUGGAAUAUUCUGCUGUCUUUUGUUUUUUUAAUUUUGGUCUUGGCACAUUCUUGGGAUUACCACUGGAGAAACAACUGGGGUUUGGUAUUUUCUUUCAUUAAUUUCUUGUGUGACGGUAACCUGUCCAUGUCUGUAACAUUCAUUAUCUUUUUAACAUAGUUGGGUCUUUAGAUUAUAUGUGAACAUAUGCAUUAACUUAAUAAAUUUCUUCAUUUUAA